AUGUCUUCAUCCACCUUGUCAUUACCGCUUCACGAUCGGCAAAUAACCCCAGCGAGUGCAGCAAGCGGUACUCGAGAUGCAAGGUCGCCUUCAGCAAUUCCGUGCGCCAUGCCUGUUCCAUGCAUUUCCCAGUAUUUUUCUCCGCACCAGACGCCUUCGCCCGCAAAUGCCGGCUAUUCGCCAAAGCCCAGAGCAGGUUUUUCAUUCUCCCUCGACAGCGAGGAGGAGUCUGCUGCUACUCUUUGGGAUGCCAGUGGGGCACAUGGUGGACGUGUCCCAGACGCCGUCUUUGCGUACGCUGGUGCUGCAAAAUUGAUAUACCUUCUUGAUAUGCAAGCAAAAGACCUGACACGGGGAAUGACCAAUGAGUAA